AUGACACGCGGCACUGGCUUGGACUUCUCAACAAUGUAUUACGAAGAUCCUUUCCGAGUUGGAAGAACAGUGCUAUUUGUUACAAUCUUUAAUCGGCUGUCAACGACCCUCAACCCGAAAUCCCGGUACGGAGUUAUCCGUCGCAAGUGGAUUCCGGAACAAAGCGAGUACACACCACCUAAAAAUUGCUAUGCACCCGGUUCCUGGAUUGCAAACGAGGGACUAUACCUGCUUGAUCCAGACACUAAACAGUUUUAUCUGACAUAUUAUAACAUUUUUGAUGCUGCUGUAAUAACUUGA